UUAUACUAUGAUUAUAAGUAACUGGGGUUAAGGUCGCGGAAAAAUUUGAAGGGUGUAUAAGCUGAAGAUGAGCAGCGGCGGCAGCAACCGUAGGGGUCCGCCGAAGCACCAGAACAAAUUCGCCUGGAAACCUAACUCCGGCCACACGAUCAAUCCCACCGAAGUAGGGGGAAGAUUGAGGCCGUAUUCGGAAGUGACCGGAGUUUGUUCUCGAUGUAAAGACCAGAUUGAGUGGAAACGGAGAUACGGAAAAUAUAAGCCUCUUGCCGAACCUGCCAAAUGCCAGCGGUGUUCCAAGAGGAAUGUUCGACAGGCUUAUCACAAUCUAUGCGCUGGUUGCGCUAAGGAGCAUAAAGUAUGUGCAAAAUGUUCAUGUCGUGUUGACAACAUAAUCGGAAGAGACGUUUCGGAAGUAGAAGCCGAGCAGAAGGCGCUGGAAGAGGCAAUAAAAAAUGCUCGGGAGAGAGACAGGAGAACGCUGCUUAGAGCUAUGAAUAAAGGAAACUCUAGCUCAGCAGUAACUCAAAGCAAUGAUGAUAGCAAGGCUGGCGAUUUGUUCACUGCAUCAUCCCUUGAAGAGUAUGCGGAAUUCAGCAGGGACGAUGAGGAUGACAAUAGUGAAGAAGAUGAGCCCCAAGUUGUUGGUUAAGGCAGAUUUCGGGGACAGUUUUUGUUACUUGAGCUUUACAAGUCCCCUUUUUUUCCCUUUUCGUGAUUAUUUAAGCUUUAGAAGUCGUUUUUGCUGUUUGUAGUGGAGACACUGAGAUUUGUAACUUUGAUAAAGCCAUAUUAUAGCAUAUGGUUCAUUGGAAGAAUCAAAUGUAGACUUCCCAUGUUCCCAUCGUGUUUCAAAUAGGCCACGAAGUUAUUCAACC